UGCAGCCGCGGAAACAUAUUACCACCGCCUGUCAAAUUUGCAGAGAGAGCAAGAGCAAGUGCGAUGGACUUCGACCUGUCUGUGGGAGCUGUUCGAGGAAGAGAAAGACAUGCGAGUAUUCCAAUAAGGAUGACAAACGAAAAAUCUCCCUUCGGAUGACAGUCGAGGUCCUCUUUGGACGUGUUGCUCAGCUAACCGAGCUUGCAAUAAGACACAAUCUCGAGAUUCCCCCUUUAGCAGCCGAGGACCAGUCCCUAAUAGACCAGGUCCGAGAAAAUCUGCCUUCGAGCAAGUUCCUCUUUUCUGCUCAAACCCCAUCAGACCCCGCAACAUGGCAAAACCUAGAUGCUCCACUAGAAAUCGACCGAGCCCCGGACACCACGGCCUCCCAAUCCCAGCUGCCCUCGGCGAUGAUGCCCAUACCCAAUGGAAGUGUGAGGGAUGUCUCUAUGUCUUGUGAGACUGGCUCAAAUUCGACGUUUGACAUGCAAACAUGGACAGAUCUUUCAGCUCCCCAAAUGUGGGCUGGUAGUCCAUCUGACUGGCCUUGGCAAGUCCUCAACGACUUUUCUGCUUUUCCCACUUUCACUGCAAGUCAGCUUUCUCCUUCGUUCCAUGUGGAAGCCGUUUCUCGGAACGGAGAAGGAGUUGAUGCAAGCGGUUCAUCAGAUGACGAAGGAGAGGAAGCAAUGAUUCCGCAUUUGGCUGCACGGUUUGGCUCCCUUCAUCGUGCUCCAGAUGGCCGACUUCGGUAUUACGGAACUCUUUCAAACCACCAUUUCUUAAAAAGCUUUAGCCAGUAUUGGAGUCGGUUUGAGGAUCGGGAUCCUGAAAAAAUCGCCUCUGUUGCCCUUGAGAAUGCUCGAUUGGAUCAGGAAGUACCAUCAUCCCUCAAGAAUCAUCUCAUCGAGCUCUUCUUCGAAUGGCAUAAUCCUUGCCAUUCAGCAGUUGAUAGGCCAAUGUUUGAGACUGCACGUGCUCAUAGGAGUGAUUUCCAGAGCGACUUUUGCUCGCAAUCCCUCAUAGCCACUAUCUGCGCGAUUGGAGCUGCAUUCGAAGGACGAUACCAUCAGUCCUUCAUAACCUUCCCUAAACCAUUGGCAGAGUUCUUCGCAGACAAGAGUAAAGUGCUUUUAGAACUCGAGCUGGACGGGCCUUGCGUUGCGACAGUUCAAGCACUCCUCUUGCUGAGCAGUCACGAAGCAGCCUGUGGCCGUGAGACGCGACAGUGGCUGUACAGUGGUCAGGCAAUGAGACUUGCCUUCGAUCUUGGCCUUCAUGUCGACAGUGAGCCAUACGUAAAACAAGGGCUGCUAAGUGUUAGGGAGAAAGAAGCCCGCCACAGCACAUUCUGGAGUUGUUGUGUUGUCAAUCAUCUUUGGAGCUUCAGUCUAGGACGACCGUUCAGAAUAGACGGCGAGGAGAUCACGGUUCCUGCACCUGGUGGUGGCUCAUACGACACUGGGAUUACUUACUUUCAGACGGCUCCAGAAGUCCCAAUUCCGGCAGAAGAUAAUCGGCAAAGGCCUACAGAUAUAUCCAUUCUUGUGGCGGCACAAUGGGUCACUCUUUGCUCUGAGCUUGCUCCACUUUUUCGCGUCCUAUACGGAUGCGUCAAGAUAUCCAAAGCCUCUUUGCAAAGUCUCUCAGCCCAGACAACCGUGCACUUCCUAAGAUGGAAAGAAACGAUUCCUGAUGCUCUGCAAAUUAAACCGGACCAAGCUCCGUCAACGCACAUUCUUCUGCUACAUAUGGCAUAUCAUAACUUCUGCAUUCUCCUUCACCGUCCCUGGACAUCGAAAGGUUCACAACCACGAGGCAAGAUCGGUCCAGGAUACGAGCACGCACGCCGAGUAUGCCACAACUCCGCAUCAGAAAUCGCAUCACUGCUCCGGAUUUACGAGUCCCACUACGGAUUCCGUCGAAUGAACGUCUACGCGGUCAACAUAAUCGUGUCCGCAUCACUGAUCUUAAUAUUCGGGUUGAUCGCUGGCGAAGUCUUAGGCGAACAGCAUGACCAGUCGGAAGAGGUUAAUGUUGCUAGCGAACUCAAUACUUGUUUUAGGGCGUUGGAUGAAUUGGGUCAAUCGUUUGAGGCCGCGAGACAACAUCGUGAACAUUUGUUGGCUAUUCAGAAACACUGGAGCCAGGGGAGAAAAGAGGCGAAGCUCGGCGCGAAACGGAGAAGUCGUUCCCAAAGCUCGACUUCUCGGGCAUCUCAAAGACUCUCGAGGAGGUUGCGAGUUUCAUGAUUCUUGACGCAGAAUUCAGAGCUAUCAAAGGCCGGGAAACCCGAAGGUCGUGCCGUUACUCUGUUUGAGGGAACGAUGUAUCUCAGCAGACAUUCAAAUAGG